AUGCGCUGGCGUGACCGCCUGGCUGUGCUUUUCUUUCCGCCAGGCAUGACACUGACAGUGGCAGCGCUUCUGCUCUUCCUCAUCCACCUCGCCGUCUUCAUCAGUGACGUCCACAGCUUCUGUUUCACCCACCACUACGACCGCAUGAGCUUCCACUACACGGUGGUCCUGAUGUUCUCCCAGGUGAUCAGCAUCUGCUGGGCUGCCAUCGGGUCACUCUACGCCGAGAUGACACAUGACAAGUUUCUGCGGUGUUUUGCACUGACCAUCCUGAUGCUCAACGGCGGCAUGUUCUUCAACCGCCUGUCCCUGGAGUUUCUGACCAUUCAGUACCGGGAGGAGAGCCACUGA